AUGCACUCGUAUACUUUCCAAAAGCACGAGCUUGCUGUAGCUGCCGUAGCUCAGGACAUUGGGUUCAAAGUGGCCGUUUCAUACGAGCUGCAAACAAUGGCAAAGUUGAUACCACGUAGUCAAUCGGUCGUUGUGGAUGCCUAUCAUUCACCGGUGACUCAAAUGUACUUGGAGGGAUCUCGAAAAGGGUUCCAGGGUGAACUCAGAGAUAGAAAUGCCAAGAAUGUAUUUGUCAACCAGUCUGAUGGAGGACUUGCAUCCAUCGCAAACUUUCCUGGUUUACGCGGAGUGCUCAGUGGGCCAGCUGGUGGUGUGAUUGGCAUGUCCAGGACAUGGUAUGAUGCCGAAGACAAGACGCCUAUAUUGUCGUUUGACAAUUAUCAUCCUGCGUUUAAAAUGCGAGUAACACUACGCAAUGGGUGGUACAAGUACCGAUGUCGCUCGACACCACAGCUGGAUAGAGAUAUAUCUCGAGCCUACGACUAG